UCAUUCGUCCCCCUCGUCCACUUCCCUGGCAUAGCCGCCGCUCGUCCUCCUCUCCCCCUCGUUCCUCACGACCGCUGAUGUGCCUCCCUCCUCCUUCCCAUGGAAUCUCCAUCGGCCCUUCCUCGUGCUCAAGAUGUGGAGGGGCAACAGGUGACGGUGGAGGAGAAGAUCCACGACCAGCUGCCGCCGGUCAUCCUCCUACCGCGCCGACCCGCGUAUCCUCUCCCUCUCCUCGCGCCGCCGCCGGCCCCCGAUCCCGUGCCUCCAGCCCUGGUUCGAGUGCGCGGCGCCCUUCGGCGUCGACGAUCGACAGGGCGAGAUGGCGCCCGCCGCCAGUCCCCAAUCCCGCGCCUCCCGCCCCUGCUUCGCGCAUGCGACGAAACAACUGUUGGUGUGGUAGCGGCCUUCGGCGACGAGGAGGCCCAGGGCGACACGACCUGCGGUGGCGUUGGUGCUCCCCAGUGCAACCACUCCGAUGACUGCCAGAUCCGUUGUUCUUGUGGUCGUUGGGCUGGAUUGGUUGUCGCACUCAUCGGUCUAUGGGAGCUCCUUUUGGUCAACCCUCUUGUCUGCUCAUUGUUGGAUCUAUGGCAGCCUCCCUGUCUUCGUCCAGGGACUUACAGGUCGACCCCUCUUCUCCUUCUAUCUGCUGUUGUUCCUUUCUGUAUCUAGGUUAGUGCUCGUGUGCGUGUAUAUUUGAUGUUGAGAUCGGUAAACUGUGGUUGUCGUUCAUGUAGAUGUGCACAGAGUGUCUUUCUUUGUUGUGUUAUAUUGGUGGAGACAGAGAGUGCUAUCAACUGGUUGUAUUUUAGUGGUUUUA